UGUAGGCAACUUUUUUGCAUCAGGCUAUGAGCACAAGCGGGUAUUGAAGAAGUGCUGCUGAACGGACUUGUUUUUAUUUUACUUUUUUAAACAACUUUGGAUAAUUAUUGAAACGGUUUUUCUGUUAAAAAUAUAUAUUAUUUUCAAAUGUCAACGGAGAACAGUUGGUAACGCUUUCUUUUGGUUGCCUGUAGUCAAACGACCACCUGUUGACGAAAAUUAAGGUUUGUAGCCUACUAGGAAUGUUCGUUGUGGAGUUUACAGCCUGUUUUUACCUCUACCCUGGAGGGAACAGCGAACCUGUCGAGUAAUUGUAAAUUCAUUUUUAUCACACUUAUCAAGCAGUUAUACACCAGUGCGAAAGAGAGGCUGAAUAUAAUUCUGAGGGCCAAGUUGGGCAUCACAGAAGCUGGGAAAGGAGAGCCACUCUGAAAUUUCAUUACUACUUUUAAUUUUCUACUUUGAGUGGGAAUAAAUGACUGAGAAGAAGAAGGUCCUCAGGUAAAGGCUGAAACAAUAGCAGAGCUUGUUCUCCAGCUCCAGGCCUGUGAUUCCAGGAUCUACUGGUGGGCUUAAGAAAUAUGGGACUUUCCUGGAACCAACAGCUGGAACACUGGAAGGGGACUGGCUUGAGAAGUCAGCCCUCAGACAAGGUCUGGUUAUGUCAAUAGAAUAUGUGGUCCUUUUCUCACCCCGUCGUCAGUAUCCAGAGUGUAGGACAGGGUCAGAAAAACCAGAAUCCACAGAUACCAACUUAGGGGACAUAAGUGGGUAGAUAGAUAGAUCUGGGUUUUAUAGUCAUUGAAUACAUUUUUUUGUUUAACGGAAAAUUUCUCUUCGACAUAAGCAAGAUUGUGCAUGGCUUUUGUGCAGAAAAUAGACGCUGUCAUUAAAAUCUCUAGUGUGGGGACCUACCCAUCUGGUGGUAAUAUUUGACUGGGAAGUCUGGGGAUGACUCUGCCGGGAAGUGCAGGGGUGCCCUAUCUGACACCAUGUCGUUUGGUGGGUGUGUGUCUGACUUUUGUGCUGUUGGGGGGGAUUGGAGCUGCUGUCUGGGCAGUAGUUACGUUUUGUAUCAGUGAAGAAGACACUGGAUUAUAUGAUGUCCAGGUGAACUCCAAUCCAGGUUCUGACCUGCGUCUCCGGGUGUUUGACUCAGCCCAACGACGGUGGAGACACGUCUGUUCCUCAGAGGACAACCAGCUCCUUGCCAACAUUAGCUGUGAGGAAAUGGGCUUUGUCAGUGUGGUGAAUUACUCUGUGUCAAGUACGCCUGAAGGAAAUAAUGACCGUGGGGAGUUUUUCUGUGUCAAAGAGAAAGAGCUGACCUAUGGCAAAAAGAUCAAAGAGUCUUUAUAUCCUUGUGACUGUGAAAGUGGCCAGGUUCUAAGUCUGCUUUGUCAAGACUGUGGCAGGCGUAGUCUCACAGAGGACCGGAUAGUGAGUGGUGUGGAUGCCAGACAGGGUAGCUGGCCAUGGCAGGUCAGUCUGCAGUAUGAUGGGGUUCACCAGUGUGGAGGCUCCAUCAUCUCAGACCGUUGGAUUGUCAGUGCUGCCCACUGCUUCCCAGAGAGGUACCGUCACGUGGCUCGAUGGAGGGUGUUACUGGGUUCUAUAUACAACAAGCCCACUCAUAAGAAUGUUAGGGUUCUUGAGGUGAAGACUGUUGUUUACCACAGCAGCUACCUCCCCUUUGUAGACCCCAACAUAGACGACAACAGCAGGGACAUUGCUGUCCUGGCUCUGGCACAGCCUCUGCAAUUCACAGAUUGCAUCCAGCCGGUAUGCCUACCGCACUAUGGCCAGCGCCUGAUUGAUGGUCAGAUGGGGACAGUGACCGGCUGGGGAAAUGUAGGUUACUAUGGGAAUCUUGCUGAUGUUCUUCAGGAGGCUAACGUGCCCAUAAUAAACGACGCGGUCUGUAAUGCUCCCGAUUACUAUGACAACCAGAUCACCACCAGCAUGUUUUGUGCUGGCUUUGAGAAGGGUGGCACUGAUGCCUGCCAGGGGGACAGUGGGGGUCCGUUUGUGGCUCAGGACUGCCUUUCCAAGGCCAGCCGCUACCGCCUUCUAGGGGUUGUGAGCUGGGGUACAGGCUGUGCAACGGCCAAGAAGCCUGGCGUCUACACUAGAGUUUCCCGAUUCCUACCCUGGAUCUACUCAGCCAUGAGGACUUAUCACAAUUCACCAGGGGUGCACAAAAUGGCACGGACAUGAGACUACUAACCAUCCCUUUUUAAAAUUCCGGACAAUAAGGGAUCAGAAAUGACCCUAUUCCUAGCCUUAUCCUGUUAUGGGAAUCUUGUUCAGAGAGACCCAGGCCAUAAUGACUUGUAUUGGAUGUAUAGGAAAAUCCUGUUAGAUUACCUUGAUGUGGUAGCUUGACCAAAGAAUUGCCAAUAGGUGUAUGGUCAUGUCAAAUUAGAAGACAUCAGAUAGGAAGUCUUAAUUCUCUUGAUGGGGCAUGACAAAGAAAAGUCAGAGAAAACUACUAAUGCACAGGUUUUGCUAUCAUAUGGGGAUUAUUUGUUUGUCAACCUAGGGUAUGUCUUCUGUGAUAGGGGUGUUUUUAGUAUUCUUGGUUUGCUUACAUUUUGACUUUUUUCUGGUGCAACACUUGGAAUACACACCAAGAGUGUCAAUACAAAUGUACUGCUCGAACAGACUUUGAAAUCUUUCUGGCUCAUUUUGCCAUGAAGUUUCAUCUGGAAAUGAAUCCUUUGAGCAAAUAAUGCUAAAGUUACCAAGAAGAUUUUAACAUUGAUAAAAUGUAUAUGAAAGUCAGAUAUACAAGUCUUUAAUUGUCUUUCUAUCCUUUGUUCCACGGAAUGCAGUUCAGAGUUACUGUAAAGUUCUGUAAACACUGAUGUUUCUUGAUUUUUGGUGGGGACAUGCAUUUAGGAACAAGGAAAUGAGAAAAGGAUGUUUAUUUUAUGUAUGUAGAUUACAAAUUGAGAAUGUUUUUAAAUUUCACAUGUGACAUAUUUGAAUUAGUAUUGUUUGGUUUAGCGUCAUUGUAAAUAUUAGAAGCUUCCUUUUUCCAAAUAAAUGUUAACUUGUAAAUUAUCCACUGAUUUCAAUUUCAACCAUACAAACAUUACCCAUUUCAACUGUGCUAGUUACUAAGUGAUUACUGUUAAUAGAGUUAUAUUACUAGGGUUGCCAAAUUGGCAAUUAUUUGCAUAAAAUUCUUUAGUUAAUGAAAGGUUACUACACUUUAGAAUGUGCUCAAAUUUGACCCUAAAGAAAGAUCACAAAUGUAAUAUUUACACCUUAACUCAAAACAUGUCACAAUAACAUACAUUUAUUUAUACUCCCAGUGUUCAAUUGCUCCUCAGUUAUGUCAGUAGAAAAAUAAUGAUUUUGAUUAUGUUGACCCACAAAUACAGAUUCUACGCAUUUCUUCUAACUAGCCUAUCCAUUUAGAUUUAUUUCUGUGUCAUCCAAAUGUUUGCAUCCCCUAGUCAGUGUUCAAGCUUGUCAGUGUGGUAGCUGAACAUUGUUUAAAUGCCAAAAGUUUUAAACCUACAGAGCUAGAUUGCUGUAACUCUGAGGAUAUUUUCUGGAGAUCAUCAACUACAUUUUUUUGUAGUUUAUCAAAAUUAUUUUUUGGUAUGUUUGCUUUCAUUUCCUGUUUUUUAUGCUUGAAGUGCGAUCUCUGUGUAGAAGACUUCAACCGAUGUGAAUGUAUGUAUAUUAGGAAAUCUUAGUAAACAAUGUUAUUGUUACCGAUUUCAUCUCAGUUCAUUCUGUAAAUGUUUCUAUUGAAUA